AUGUCUCCUUCAACUCUGCCAACCAGUGAUCAAAAUAUGGUCUCCGUCCAGCAUGCGAUGAACGGCACGAAAAGCCAUCUGAAAGUGCAGGCUGGAUUGCAGGGUGCAGCUAACGGUACUGGCGUGACCCAGGGCGCUGACAGCGGCGUCUCGAAGUUGUUCAGCGACACUGUCAUCCUGAAAAUUUGGAAAACUGCCGUCGACCAUCUUACUCGAGAGGACCCUCCGCAGUCGUUCCCCGAGACAUGUCCCCAGACCGGUCCCCAGACGGGGCAGUACCAAUACCGCGACGCCGAGUUCUGGACCUGCGGCUUCUUCCCUGGGAGCCUGUACUGCCUUCUCGAGCGGUCCGCCCGGUAUCCGCAGGCGUUCCUGACGGAGAAGCCAGACGGCGCCGAGGCCAGGGAGCGGCUCCGGUCGGAGCUGCUGGGCGUGUGCCGGCGGUGGUCGGAGCCGCUGCACGACAUGUCGAACCGCAAGGACACGCACGACAUUGGCUUCAUCGUCGAGCCGGCCCUCCGGCGCGACUUUGAGCUGACCGGCGACGCGCGCAGCCUCGCCUCCGUUGUCAACGCGGCGGAGAGCCUGGCGAGCCGGUAUAGUGAGCGCACCAGGGCGAUCCGCAGCUGGGACCGGUUCGUCAACAACGGCAACAACCUUGUCGACAAGGACUCGGAGUUUAUCGUCAUUAUCGACAGCAUGUGCAACUUGGACCUGCUCUACUACGCCGGCCACCACGCCUCGUCGCAGCGGCUGAUCGACAUCGCCACCACACACGCCCUAACCAUUCGUGAGACGCACCUGCGCCCGGAGCCGAGCGACCCUGGGUGCCGGCACCCGCUGUUCUCGACCUGCCACGUCGCCAACCUCAGCCCCAAGGACGGCCGCGUGCUGCGGCGGCUCACCGCGCAAGGCUACGCCGACUCCUCCACGUGGUCGCGCGGGCAGGCGUGGGCCAUCCUCGGCUUCGCGCAGACGCACGCCUGGACGGGCAACCCCAUCUUUCUGCAGACCGCCUGCGGGCUCGCCGACUACUUCCUCCUCCGGCUGCGGUCCGCCCCCGACUGCGUUGAGCCUACCCGGCACGUCCCGCUUUGGGACUUUGACGCACCCGUGGAGGACGAGCAAAGGCCGCUGCGGGACGCGUCGGCGGGGAUGAUUGCGGCCAACGGCAUGCUGCUGAUGGCCAACGCGCUGGCGGCGGCCGGGGAUGGGGAGCUGUUUGAGAAGUACUACAGGGCGGCGAUGGCGAUUGCGAGGGAUACUAUCGAGCUGUGCUAUGCGCGGGAUGAGAUGCGGCUGGUGAGGCGGGAGGAGGGGAAUACGGGAUCGGUCAGCAUGGUUGCGAGGCGGGCGUCGGAUUGCGAGGAUCCGUUUGAUUGUAUUCUGAAGCACUCGACAGCAAACUACAAUGGGAACUGGACGGAUCGACUACUGCAGUUUGGCUAUGCUUGA